AUGUCCACUGACAACGCCACCUCUGCCAAGAUGACGUACCGUUUCCUCGGUAACUCCGGCCUCCUAGUCUCCAAGAUGGCACUUGGAAGCUGGAUGCUCUUCAAUGAGAAACACACGGUCGACGCCUGGUACGAGAUGAUGAAGAUCGCGUUCCAGCACGGCGUCAACUUCUACGACAACGCUGAAGUGUACGGCAACGGCCAGGCCGAAGAGGUCAUGGGCGCUGCUAUCCAACGCGGUAUCGCCGACGGCAUCUGGACCCGCGAAGACCUCGUCGUCACCACCAAGAUCUUCAUGGGCGCCAAGGGCUGGGAAGAAUCCGGUCCCAACGCUCAGGGUAUCAGUCGCAAGCACAUCGUCGAGGGCACGAAGGCCUCGCUUCGUCGCCUGCAGCUCGACUACGUGGACGUCCUCUUCUGCCACCGACCGGAGCCGUACACGCCCAUCGAGGAGACUGUGCGUGCCAUGAACUACGCUAUCAACCAAGGCUGGGCCUUCUACUGGGGCACCAGCGAGUGGAACGCCUCGGACAUCGUCGAAGCCUGUGAGAUCGCCGACCGUCUCGGUUUGAUCCGUCCUAUUGUGGAGCAGGCUCAGUAUUCUCUCAUGGAACGGUCCAAGGUGGAGUUCGAGUUCGAGCCGCUGUACAAGAAGUACAAGCUGGGCUUGACAACGUGGGCUCCGCUGGCUAAUGGUAUCCUCACGGGCAAGUACAGUGGUGGCGUGACGGAAGGCACCCGGUUCGCGGACCCUUUUUUCAAGAACAUCUUUGGCGAUACUUUCGAAGACCGCGUUGCUAAGGCUGACAAGCUCAAGGUGAUCGCUGAUGAGAUCGGAUGUUCAUUGGCACAACUUGCCAUGGCCUGGUGCAUCUCGAAUGAAAACGUGUCGACGGUGCUAGUGGGAGCCAGUCGUCCGUCUCAACUGGAAGAAAAUCUGAAGGCGAUUGAGUUUGUGGACAAGUUGACGCCAGAGGUCAAGACUCGCAUGAACGAGAUCGCCACGUUCAUCCCGCAAGCGCCGAAGCAGGACCCGCUCGCGACGUUCCGUGCUCGCUGGCUGUAG